AUGGCUGCAAUCGACGUGAAUGAACAACUCAACCAAAUUCUGAAGAAGUCGCAAGCACCAGCUGAAAACAAGAUUCUCCCUGAUGAGAUCGCAGCUUUGACCUCGGCCUUUCUUGCUAGUCGACCUGAUGCAAAUGACAUACGACCGAAGGCCUAUGUGGUGCUUUCUGCAAUAUGUCAAGGCUACAGAAACGCGACGGAAGCAGAUAAGGAAGCAGAAGCUGCGACGAGGUCGAUUACCAGCUUGUUCCAAUCAAGGAUCGUAGGGUUGCUUGGAGAAACCGACGAAACCUCCCUCAUAACGGGAGUUUGCUCUCUAGAAGCCCUCUUUCAAGUAGAUCCCAAGGCGGCGUCUGUGAUCUUCAUACAGGAUGGGUUGGUCGAAAAUCUCAUGGACAGUGUGGACCUCUCCCCUUCUGCUUUGCUCUGUCAGGAAGUAGCCCAUCUUCUGGGUCAAGCAUGUGGACACAAGGCAUGCCGGGCGGUCGUCACUCCCAAAAUCAUUCGUUGGCUAGAGUUUAAGUCUCGACAAUCGGAUGAUCUGACCUUGCGUGGGGCUUCUUCUGUUGCACUCAUCAAAUUAUCCAAAGGAGCAGGUUCGGACGCGCCAGAGGAUGGUACUGCAGAAGUGCGAAUUGGUCAGACGGAUGAAUUGGCGCAGACCAUGGUAGAUAUAGUCGUCUCAGGACAAAUCGCCUCUGCCGUUAAUGCAGUUGAAGGACUAGCCUACCUCAGCACCGAUCCGACUGUCAAGGAAGACCUCGCCAAAAACCCUACCUUCCUCAAGCAACUUUUCGCUCUAGUUCCUUCGCCAAAGCGUACCUCCACGAUUAGAAAAGGCCUGGAUGCUACGCUCAUUUAUGGUAUUAUUGUCGUCAUUUGCAACAUCACCGCUUUCCGGCCCCGGUUUAGUGAAGAGCAGAGUCAAGUGGAGAAACUGAAGCGAAUGGCGAAGGCUGGUAAGGGUUCGUCAGAUGCAGCAGAAGUAAAUGACAUCCUGGACAACGAUGAACACGUGAAGGCACGGAUUCGCUUGCUUAUUUCCGCUGGCGCCCUCCCUGUCUUUCCAGCUGCGAUAGCCUCUUCCGACUCUCCAAGCGUGCGGUCACUCGUGGGUAAAACGCUGCUCAGUAUCGUGGAAGACAAGGAAAAUAGAGGGAAGGUGCUCCAGGCGGGAGGAUCCAAGGUCUUGCAGACGGUCAUCAAACAAGCCCUCUCAUCACAGUCAGAUUUAGGCAAAGAUAAGUCGUCUACUCUCGACGCCGCUGAACUUGAAUCCAUCCAAGCUCUCGCCAAACUUGCCAUCACCUCCGCACCUGUCCAAGUUCUUGGACCGAAUAUUGGCGCGAUGUACGACGUGAUUCGACCUUUUUCCAUUCUUCUCCAGCACCCGUCUUCGAAUCUGCUACAGAGAUUUGAGGCGAUCAUGGCACUCACAAACCUUGCAUCUUACAGUGCAGAUUUAGCCUCGCGAAUUGCGAAGGCUGAUGGCCUGUUAAACAGAGUGGAACUCUUGUUACUGGAAGACCAUACGCUAAUUCGCAGAGCAUCCGUUGAACUGAUCUGUAAUCUUAUUGCCGGAUCAGAUGAGACAUUCGAACGCUACUCUGGAGAAACUUCUAAUUCUGCCAACAAGAUUCACGUCCUACUGGCCUUGUCAGAUGUCGAAGAUCUACCAACACGACUAGCAGCAUCAGGUGCUCUGGCUACUGUCACAGCAGCGCCGACAGCUUGCAACGCCCUCAUCUCCCUCCAGUUUGAGAGGCACCGUUUCCUUCCCAUCAUGACACAACUCAUCGAUCCGUCUGCCCUCCCUAGUUCCGUUGACGAAGAACACCCAUUGGAGACAGACCCGGGCCUUGCUCAUCGAGGGGUUGUAUGCGUUACCAACGUUUUCAUGGCCGUUAGUGACUCGAAAAUUCGACAAAGAUUGUGCAAGGAGGCACAAGAAUCAGGAUUGCUGCAGGCGUUAUCCCAGUUAAUCAAAGGGCAAGGAGUUGUGACAGAUCCAUCUAUCGUCCAGCAAGCUGCGGGAGCGAUCAAGGCACUUCUUCCACAGUAG